GAUCCACCGCAAACAAGGUCCUGACAACCCACGCCACGACGACACAACAAAGCACAAGCACCGCAGCUAAACCCAUGGCCGGGGUCGUUGUGGUGUUCGACUUCGACAAGACGAUCAUCGACGUCGACAGCGACAACUGGGUCGUGGACAGCCUCGGCUUCACCGAGCCGUUCGAGCGCCUCCUGCCCACCAUGCCCUGGAACACGCUCAUGGACACCAUGAUGGGGGAGCUGCACGCGCACGGCAGGACCCUGGACGACGUCGCCGAGGCGCUCCGUGCGGCGCCCGUCGUCGCGGGCGUCCCCGCCGCCAUCAAGGCCGCCUACGCGCUCGGCUGCGACCUGCGCGUCCUCAGCGACGCCAACGCCUUCUUCAUCGACACCGUCCUGGCGCACCACGGCCUGCUGGGCUGCUUCUCCCAGAUCAACACCAACCCCAGCCACCCCGACGCCGACGCCGACGGCCGCCUCCGCAUCGGGCCCUACCACGACCUGCACGGGUGCGGCGUCGGCACCUGCCCGCCCAACAUGUGCAAGGGCCAGGUGCUGGACCGCAUCCUCCGCGAGGCGUCGUCGUCGGCCGCCGGCAGGAAGCGCGUCGUGUACCUGGGCGACGGCCGCGGCGACUACUGCCCGGCGCUGCGGCUGGCAAGGGAGGACUUCGUCAUGCCGCGCAGGGGCUUCCCCGUGUGGGACCUCAUCUGCGAGGACCCCGCGCGGCUGCAGGCGGAGGUGCACCCCUGGGCCGACGGCGCCGAGCUGGAGGAGACGCUGCUGCGCCUCGUCGGGAGGGCGCGCGUGGAGGAGGCCGCACUGCUGCCGCCGCUCGACUGCAAGCUCGAGUCCAUGCCCGUUGCCGCGCAGGAGGGCAUGGGACCCAUCAUGCCGCUCGGCGUCAAGCACUGACGAUACACGCAGCAGUGCAGUCUCUGGUUUGCUGGUUAAUGCUGGUUUGGUUCGGGUUGGACGAACGAUUAGUAAGUAGCUCGAAUAAUUAGUAUAACUGUAUCGGCUAAUUUUAUGUGUUUGUGUGUGUGCUGUGUGGUGUAUGCCUCCGCAUCGAGCUGCCUGUCACUGCUGAAUUGGCUCUGCCUCGCUGUGUAUCUUAUUCUUACCUACAGAAAGAGUACCACGAGCAAAUA